AUGAUGAUGGCGACUAUCAUCCUAAUUUUCUCAUUUAUCUCCUUCGAUACAAUGCGGCAGAUCAUCGGUCAUUCCCUGGAUUUCGACACCCCACCGUCGACGAACAUGGCCCUGGCGGUGAUUGGGGGCACUGUGGCCGUCUGCGUGGUUCUUUCAUUUGUGCACAUAUGGCAGGCUGUUAUCAUCUAUAGGUGUCUGGAGUACUACGAGGCCGAAUACAGCAGUCUGGACGAUCUGUUCUCACGAGCUAACCCUACGGUGCUGGAGUCAAGGUUUGAGGGUACUGACAGCUGCCAUUCCAGAGCAUUCGAUGGCCAGUAUCACUGA